AUGGAGGAGGGGGACCUAAGUGAAAGAGGAUUGCCACAAAUUGCUUCAAUCAUGAGUAGAGUUAGAGACUUGAAAAGCAAAUAUAGAAAUGAAGACAAUAUCACAGAUGAGCUUAACUGUACUAAAAUCUCAGCUGAUACAACAGAUAACUCGGGAACUGUUAAUCAGAUAAUGAUGACGACAAAUAAUCCGGAAGAUUGGCUGUGUUUUUUGCUUAGGCUAGAGAAAAAGGGUAUUCCUCAGAAGGAUGUUAGCCUACUAAAUAGACUCAUUGGACGCUACAGUCAGGCGGUGACUGCAUUACCUGCAGAAAAGCACAGUCAAGAUGAGAGCUAUGCUCGCAUCCUUGUGAGAUUUGCUGAGUUGAAAGCUCUUCAAGAUCCAGAGGAGGCACGGGACCAAUUUCAUCUGGCCAGACUGAACUGCAAGAAAUUUGCUUUUGUGCAUGUGGCUUUUGCACAGUUUGAGCUAUCACAAGGAAAUGUGAAGAAAUGUAAGCAGCUCCUUCAGAAAGCUGUGGAGUGCUCUGCUGUUCCACUAGAAAUGUUGGAAACUGCUCUACAAAACUUGGAUUCACAAAAAAAGCAGUUGCUUUCAGAUGAGGAGAAAGAGAACAUAGCAGUAUCAAGCACACAAGAGUCUGGACUUCAGAGCAUAUUUGGAAAUCACAGAAGCAUGAAAAGGAAUGAUUGUGGUGAAAAUCCUUCUACUGUUACCAGACUUUUGCUUGGGGAGGAAAGAUCACAGGAACUUGAUGCUCUAGUUAAUUACCACAAUCCAUUAAGACCACUAAGCAAAUCUAACCAGAUCUGCCCGUUUGGGAGGGUUCCUGUUAAACUAGUAACUGAUGAUGAUGAUGAUGAUGUGGAGAAGACAGGUAUCCCACUUACAGCCAGUGUUAUGAAGAGGCAAAUAUCUGGCUCCAGGCAUAUGGCCUUCAUCGCACCUUUUCCACUAUCGGAACCAAAAUCUAGUGGGAGUAAUUCAUAUGACCUGGGAGACUUAAAGUCCUUAAAGAAAAAAAAUUCUUUACAGUUGCAGAUGUUGGAUGAGAGCAGCUCAGAAACAGCUAUCAAUUCAACUGUAACUCUCAAAGCCAAAAAUGGUACAAGUCUUGCAGUGAAAAAAGAAGAAAAUAAAGACCAGCAUCAGGAGCUGAAGAUACCGGAGCCAAGGAGUCUUGAAAGUCAACAGCAACCAUCUAGUUCUGGUGAAAGCUAUAGAAAGCAGUUGGAUCAGAUUAGAUUAAACUGCGUUAACACCAGGAAAAAAUGGCAAAGUCAAGAAGUGACACAGAAAAGCUGCUAUAGAGAGGAAAAACACUCGAGCCUUGAACAAUCCAGUCAUCCUGUUUCAAAAGGAUUAUCACCACCAGAUGCUGUUACUAAGAAAAGUGAUCCAUUACAUGUUUGUGGAACACCAAGCACCAGAUCCAGUGAUUAUAUGGACUGUUUCAGAACGCCAGUUGUAAAGAACAACUUUCUACCAGGAUGUCAAAUUUCUACUCCCUACAGCCAGCUCCCAUAUUUCCUACCACAUACUCCAGCAACUCCAUUUCAAAACCAAGUUGGUUUGCAGGUUCCAACUUCUAUACCUUCACAUGAAUGUCUUGCUAUAAAAGGAAAAGUUUAUACAAUAUUAAAGCAAAUAGGUAGUGGAGGCUCAAGUAAGGUGUUCCAAGUACUGAAUGAAAACAAGCAACUGUAUGCUGUCAAGUAUGUGAAUCUAGAGGAAGCUGAUCAACAGACUGUUGAGAGCUAUAAGAAUGAAAUUGCUCAUUUGAGUAAACUACAGCAACAUAGUGAUAAGAUCAUCCGCCUUUAUGGCUAUGAAAUUACUGAUCAUCAUAUCUACAUGGUAAUGGAGUGUGGAAAUAUUGACCUCAAUAGCUGGCUCAAAAAGAAGAAAAAAAUUGAUCCAUUGGAACGAAAGAGCUAUUGGAAAAAUAUGCUGGAAGCUGUUCACACAAUCCAUGAAUAUGGCAUUAUUCACAGUGAUCUGAAACCAGCAAACUUUCUAAUAGUUGAUGGGAUGUUAAAGCUAAUUGACUUUGGCAUUGCAAACCAAAUGCAGCCAGAUGUGACAAGCAUCAUUAAAGAUUCUCAGGUUGGCACAAUGAAUUAUAUGCCACCUGAAGCAAUAAAAGAUAUGUCUUCCUAUGGAGAAAAUGGGAAAUCUCGAUCUAAGAUAAGUCCCAAAAGUGAUGUGUGGUCAUUGGGAUGCAUUUUGUACUGUAUGACAUAUGGAAGGACUCCAUUUCAACAUAUAACAAAUCCAAUGAAUAAAAUGCAUGCUAUUGUUGAUCCUAGUUAUGAAAUAGAAUUUCCAGAUAUUGCUGAGAAGGAUCUUCAAGAUGUGCUAAAGCACUGUUUAAUAAGAAACCCUAAACAAAGAAUAUCUGUUUCGGAGUUGCUGGUACAUCCCUAUGUUCAAAUUCAAAGUCAUUGUCAAACAGGUGUUCCAAAUGCAAAAGGAACAACAGAGGAAAUGAAACGUAUCCUUGGCCAGCUCGUUGGCUUGAAUUCUCCCAACUCUAUUUCUAGAGCUGCUAGGACUUUAUAUGAACAGUGUAACAGUGGUAAAAGUCUUGAUGUAUCGGCAUUUGCAAAACUUGGGAGUCAAAAAUCGCGGACCACAAAAUGA